AAGGAAAAAUAUAUGCUAAUAAUAUGAUGGGGGAAUCAUUUUUCAUUGAAAAAGUAUUAGCAAACUAACUAUUCCAUCAUAACACUUAAUAGUCCAGUUAAACUGGAGUUAAUUUUCGAGCAAAAAAUUUGAUUGGAACAGAUUAUAAGAUGAGAUUUAUUAAGGUAAACGCAAAACUGGCAAGGUCGUACCUAUUGCUGACCUCGGCACACAACACUCGCUAAAUAUUCAACAAUAACACGCAUAUUAAGAUAUCUCCUUGUAAAUUUAUAGGUUAUUGAUCUAUUUGUUUAUGUGGAAACAAAGUAGAAAUAUUCUCUUUCACAUUUGCAGUUAUCUGGACUGUAUAAUGAAUUCUGCAAGUUUACGUGUUGCUGGCAUAACUUCGUUAAAAAGAAAAACACAAUAUCAUUGACAACACAUUGUCAAAAAUCUAGAAAAUUUGAAACACAUACACUAAAUUGUAAUAUAAUAUUUUAUCAAAGGAUUUUGUGAAAAGACAUUUUAAAAUGAGCCCAAUGGCAUUUUUCGAGACAUUUAUUUUACAAUAAUCAUGAACGGCCAUUUAUAACUGGAACAAUAAUGUAACAAUACAACGUUUUUCUGUCAAAAUGUUAAAACUGGAAAUCAUUUAAAAAUAAUAAUGGAAAAUGACCCUAACAAAAAAGAAUCGAAGGGUAAGAGACUUCUGAAGAAAGCGUUGAGACGAUCAAGCAAAACCAGCAAUAACAGCCAAAGCUCCACCGCGGACAGCAUCUCCGUGACGAGAUCGAAGAGUGAAAAUAAACGGCUCUCAGUCGAAAUCAAUGAUAGUGCUCCGCUGCCCACGCCGGACGGCACUAAACAAUCAGCUGAAAAUACCACGAGCUCAAAGUUUAAACCAGAAAAUAGAACGAGACCGUCGACCAGGCUGUCUCUAAGCCGCAACACUCCAAUCCGAGAGACAAAAUUGGAGAAAGUGGUCGAAAUACAAGAGGAACGGAACAUUUCAUAUCCUCCAGAUGAAACGGGCACUUCGAACGAUGCAAAGUUGAAAACAUCCCCUCGACUUAAAGAUGAGGGUCCGUUGGAAAUAGGUGGUGAUAAAAAGAACCUUAAGAGGAAAUUGGAAGACGAGAGCGGUGCGGGCACGAGUGCGGGCGCGUCGGACACUGACGCGGACGACAAGGACCCCAGCAAGGACAAGAAAAAGAAGAAUCGGUGCGCUGUCUGCCGCAAGAAGGUUGGACUUACAGGUUUCGAAUGCCGAUGUGGCGGCCUAUUCUGCGCGGUGCACCGAUACAGCGACAAGCACGAUUGUUCCUUCGACUAUCGGGAGCUCGGAGCGCAAGAGAUCCGGCGCAAUAACCCCGUGGUCGUCUCCCAGAAGAUCCACAAAAUAUGAGCCCCACAUCGCUUAAGGCAAGGCCCGACGGCCUCGAUCUAAAUUCUAUUUAGGUUUAUUCGCGAGUUUGCUUUUAAAAGGAGAUUGGGCAAUCGUAAACGAGCGCGGGUUUUUCAUAUUAUGCACAAAUGGUUUCAGCAAAAUCCUUCAAACUUUGGUGUUUUCGCUUCUAUUGCUUUACCGAUAAAGCUUUAUCGAAUUCUAGUUGUAGUUUAAACUUCCGUACGAUACGUUCUUCGUUCACCGUGCCCGGCGACUUGCUCAAUCUCGUUUCUAUAAAAACGUGUAGAUAUGUUCAUUUCGGGUAGGAUAUUAAUGAUUAAUUUGAGAUGUAGUUUGAUUGUCCAUUCACCUCCAUUGUAAAUAUUAGAUUUAAUUAAUUAUAGAUACAAAUACUAUAUAUUGUAAAAAAGUAAAACUCCAAAAAAAGCUACAUUGUUAAAACUCCGUCGACGGGCGUGCUUGAGUGACAAUUGUAAGCUGAUUGCCGGACGACGUUUGAAUCGUUGUAAAAUUGUACAGAAUUUACGCUCAUUUGACUCGAAAUGACCGCACUAAGACUGACACGAGCGACUCGGUCUCACACUUGACGGACGUCUCGACGUCUUUGACGGCACUGAGCGCUCGCGCCGGUCGCGGUGUCCGAAUAACGCCGUUCCAUUUAACGGCUCGUUUUCUUUAAACAGCCGUUUAGAGUUAGAAACGGGUCGUUAAAGUGAACUCGGCUAAAAUGGUUUGAAAUUGUUUGUUACGGUUUGGGAAGAUGCUUUGUUGGCAUAGAGUUGAGAUUGUGUGUCGGCUAAGAGCGGCGGCUUCGUUGGGUCCGCUCCACGUGUGAAAAUUACAAGUAAGCCUAUAGUUAUACAUUUAUAAGUAGCGGACACUUUAUAUUAUUACACAUUAUAUAAGUAGGAAAGAAUUAUUUAGCUUUUUUUUCUUUUAAUCACAUAUUCAAAAUUGUAAGUUGUAUGUAACUCGUUAGCUGCUUCGAUCGCUCCACGACUAACACGAUCGUUAGACUUAAUUAUUUAAUGACUUUUGUUGUAUAUUUUGUUAGGUCAUUGAUUAAUUUUGGUCUUUUGCUUAUAAUCAGGAUAAAGAUGUUAAUAACGGAUUUUUCUUCUAUCUUGCUGUUUUAAUUUAGUUAUUCUUCUAUUAAAGUCAUUAAAUUUCCAAGAACA